AUGGCGGCGGUAGUGGGCGGGGCCUGGCGGCGGGUAACUGCCACUGUGGGCGGGGCCGGCGAGCACCGGGAUAAAGGCAGCGCCGGGCCGCGCGGACCCAGGCGCAGCAGGUCGGGGCGCGCAGUGUCCUCCUCGGCCGCGCGCGUGCCUCGUGUUCAGGCCCGGCGAACCGGCACGGGGAGCAUGGCGCGGGCGAGCAUCACGCUGCUCAACGGCGUGGCCAUCAUCGUGGGCACCAUCAUCGGCUCGGGCAUCUUCGUGACGCCCACCGGCGUGCUCAAGGAGGCCGGCUCGCCGGGGCUGGCGCUGGUGGUGUGGGCCGUGUGCGGCGUCUUCUCCAUCGUGGGCGCGCUCUGCUACGCCGAGCUGGGCACCACCAUCUCCAAGUCCGGCGGCGACUACGCCUACAUGCUGGAGGUGUACGGCUCGCUGCCCGCCUUCCUCAAGCUCUGGACCGAGCUGCUUAUCACCUACCUGCUCAAGCCGCUCUUCCCCAGCUGCCCCGUGCCCGAGGACGCCGCCAAGCCGUUCCCUGUCCCUGCACGUAGCUGA